AUGCUCGAUCGUGCAUUACGAUUGAUGGAUGGUGAUAUCAUUACACAUAUGGGUUUCUUCAUUGGUGAUUUACAUCGACCAAUUGAGCAGCUGCAUCAAGAACAAUAUGCUGGUACAACUGUUGCUAAUACCUUCAUCGUUUAUCGUGGUCAAGGUUUAUCUACAGGGGAUUUUGAAAAAAUGAACAAAAUUAAAGGUGGUCUUCUUUCUUUCAAUAAUUUCUUAUCUACCAGCAAAAAUCGUGACACAUCAAUGAGUUUUGCUCAACGUGCUGUAACAAACCCAGAUCAAGUCGGUGUACUUUUUAUCAUGAAGAUUAAUCCUGCUCUAUUAACAACACCAUUUGCUUCAAUUGAUAGUAUUAGCAAGUUCCAAGGAGAAGAGGAAGUCUUGUUUUCGAUGCAUAGCGUGUUUCGUAUACAGAAUAUUAAACAACUGGGCACAAAUAAUCGUUUAUAUGAAGCUAAUUUGGUACUGACUGCUAACAAUGAUCCAGAAUUAAGCAGACUUACCGAAUACAUUCAAACAGAGAGUCAUCCAGAAGUCCAAGGAUGGGCACGAUUGGGUUUGGUUCUAUUUAAAAUGGGUCAAUUGGAUAAAGCUGAAGAAACUUAUCACAAUUUGCUUGCUCAAAGAAACGAUGUUGGAAGCAAGGCACUUAUUUAUCGUCAACUUGGUUCGAUUAAAGAUGGUCAAGGAAAAUAUCAAGAAGCACUAAUAUUCUGUGAACAAUCACUUGCUAUCUACCAAAACACUCUUUCUCCCAAUAAUCUUAGUUUAGCUAGUUUCUACAACAGCAUUGGUAAUGUGCAUAGAGACUUAGGUAAUUAUUCAAAAGCACUUUCAUCUUAUGAAAAAGGCCUUGAAAUUAGACAACAAUCACUUCCUCCCACUCAUCUUACUUUGGCUUCGUCCCACAACCACAUUGGUACAGUGUAUGAAAACAUGGGUAACUAUGUACAAGCACUUUCUUAUUAUGAAAAGGCUCUUGAAAUUCGAAAACAAUCACUUCAUCCCAGUCAUCCUCAAUUGGCUUCUUCAUACAACAACAUUGGUAAUGUGCAUGCUGAGAUGUUUGAUUAUCCAAAAGCACUUUCUUACUAUGAAAAAGCCGUUGAAAUUAAACAACAAUCGCUUCCUCCCAAUCAUCUUACACUUUCAUAUCAUGAAAAAGCCCUUGAAAUUCAACAACAAUCACUUCCUCCCAAUCAUCCUGAUUUUGCUUCUUCUUACAACAGCAUUGGUUUGGCAUAUAAAAACAUGGGUAAUUAUCCGCAAGCACUUUCUUAUUAUGAAAAGACUCUUGAAAUUCGGCAACAAUCAGUUUCUCUCAAUCAUCCUGAUUUGGCUUCUCCUUACGGGAAUAUUGGUAAUGUGCAUAGAAACAUGGGUCAUUAUCCACAAGCACUUUCAUGUCAUGAAAAAGUCCUUGAAAUUCAACAACAAUCACUUCCUCCCAAUCAUCCUGAUUUGGCUAUAUCCUACAACAAUGUUGGCUUAGUGCAUAAAAAUAUGGGUAAUUAUCCAAAAGCCCUUUCUUAUUAUGAGAAAAACCUUGAAAUCAGUAAACAAUCACUUCCUUCCAAUCAUCCUAAUUUGGCUAAAUCCUACAACAACGUUGGCUUAGUGCAUAAAUAUAUGGAUAAUUAUUCGACAGCACUUUUUUAUUAUGAAAAUGCCCUUCAAAUUCGACAACAAUCACUUCCACCUAGUCUUCCUCAUUUGGCUUCUUCCUACAACAACAUCGGUGCAGUACAUGACAGGAUGGGUAAUUAUUCAGGAGCACUUUCUUAUUAUGAAAAGGCCCUUCAAAUUCGACAACAAUCACUUCCUCCGAAUCAUCCUCAUUUGGCUUCUUUCUACAAGAACAUUGGUGCAGUGCAUUACAACAUUGGUAAUUAUCCAAAAGCCCUUUCCUAUUAUGAGAAAGAUCUUGAAUUUAGUAAACAGUCAUUUUCCCCCAAUCAUCUUGCUUUGGCUAAAUCUUACAACAGUAAUGGUUUGCUAUAUGAAAAGAUGGGUCAUUACUCAAAAGCCCGUAUAUUUUAUGAGCGUGCUAUACAAGUUGCUCAACAAUCAUUAGCUUCAAAUCAUCAUGAUCUUGAAUAUUAUAGAAAUAACCUUAAAGAUGUAAAAAACAAAUAA